AUGGCUGGGGGAGAAUUCCCCCCCGCUCCCCCGGCCCCCGCUCCCCCGGCCCCCGCUCCCCCGGCCCCCGCUCCCCCGGCCCCCGCCCUCGGAGACUGUUUGGGGUUUCGAGACACGCCCGCGAGAAGGGGGUGGGACCGGGAGGUGGUGGAAGUGUGCCAGAGUAAAGGGACCCCCAAAAACACCCCAAGACAGGGGAAAAAACAACUGGAGGAGAAGGUGGUGAGGAAGAACCAAGCUGAGAAGAAGCUGGUGGAGAAAAAGCAGCUGGAGGAGAAGAAGCUGGUAGAAGACAACCAAGUGGAGGAGGAGAACCAAGUGGAAGAGAAGGAGCUGGUGGAGAAAGAACAGCUGAGGAACCUCAACACAGCCCCAAGAAAGCCUUCAAGAGGGGAAAGUCUGGCUCCAGCUCCAAGGGACACCAUGACCUUCUGCCUCCAACCACGGCUGCCCACCUGGCAUCUGGCCCUGGACUAUCACACGGCAAAGCAGUUUGAAGUCGACAUCACCUUGGAUCCAACCACAGCAGGUCCUGAGGUGAUCCUCUCUGACAACCUCAAAGAGGCUGCCUGGGGUAGGCCUGGCCACCAGUGGCCUGCAGGACCAGACCGCUUUGACACCGAUCCCUGCAUGUUGGGCAGCCAGGGCUUCACUUCAGGUCGUCACUACUGGGAGGUGGAGGUUUCCGGACGCUUCUGGGCUGUAGGGGUGGCCCUGGAGUCAGUUCAGAGGAAGGGUCGAGUCCUCUUCAAGCCCAGCGCCGAGAUCUGGGGCUUGCAGAAGUACGAUGAGCUCUGCGUGGCCCUCACAGCUCCUUCCAACACCUCUGUCCCCAUCCUCAAUGGGGAGAUCGGUGUCUACCUGGACUAUGAGGUUGGCCAAGUCUCCUUCUAUGCCGUGGGCAGCCAGCGACGCAUCUUCACCUUUCCUGUGGCUUCCUUCAGCGGGGAGAAGGUCUUCCCCUACUUCUGUGUCCUCCUCUCCACCAUCAAACUGGCCCUCAAAGCUUGAUGGCACCAGCAGGGUCCUUCCCCAGUGCUGGUUGCUCUCUCUGUGGUGGUUGGAAAUGCUCCUUGAUGCUCCUCAGCUCUUCUGUCUCCAGGGCUUGGAGUCAUCUCCACCUCAGCUCAUGCUCUUACCUCCAUCUUGGACAUCUCCAUUUGGGGUUCUAGCCAGGGGAGGGGGGAUUUGGGUCUGAUUAAUUAAAAAUAAAUUAAUUAGUAAUAAAUGGUUGUGGCUGACCCCCCACCAACCUGCUCCAGCCCCACAAAGUCCUCACCCAGGCUACCUUGGCCUCCCAAUAGCCUCCUUGGUCCUCCAAGAACCCACCAGAGCUGAUACACAUGGGACCCUAGAGGC